GAUGCAGCUAGUACUUUAGUAUGUUUUGAAGAGGAGAAAAGGUAAAUGUCAGAAUGUGAAAGAUUUCGUGUGCAUCUAUGUCAAUUACGUCAACGUCACAGGAUUGCUUGACACUUCAGUCUGAACAUCGCAUAAUUUUUUACAAUUUUCGUCGAUACGUCAGUUUACAUUAUUAGCUCGUCUGUAUCAUUUAUUUUACAACUUUAUUUUAUUACAACUCAACGUUCAGUUCAAUUUAAGCCAUUUGAUACGAGUGUCGUGUUCAGAGACAUUAUAUUCUUGACGUAAUUUCACAAGUACUACAAUAAAGUACCCAAAGUAGUAAAGUAAUAAUAUAACAUUAGUAUUAUUUUACUUUACGCAAAGUUAAAUUGGACACAGUAAUUAAAUAACAAUAUUUAAUAAAUACUAAGGUCAGAAAGUUGGAUGUUAAUUUUUAAAACUGAAGUUUCUGAAAGAGCUAAAGAAAAUAAGCAUGUCAACAAAACAUUUACCACUAUUCCUGGAAGGUGAGGUAACUAAAGGUUUCGGAAGAGGAUCUAAGGAUCUCGGGUGCCCUACAGCAAACUAUCCUUUGGAAGUGGUACAGUCUUUACCCAAAGAUCUUGAGCCAGGAGUAUAUUAUGGAUGGGCACAGGUAGACAAAGGUGAUAUCUAUAAAAUGGUGGCAAAUAUCGGCUGGUGUCCUUUUUACCAAAACAAGCAAAUGUCUGUGGAAACUCACAUUAUGCACAAAUUUGACAAAGACUUCUAUGGAUCACAAUUGAAAAUAGCUCUGGUGGGAUAUCUAAGAGGAGAAAAGAACUUUAACUCUUUAGAUGAUCUUAUUAACGCAAUCAAGCAAGAUAUUGCGAAUGCAGAAAAAAGUUUGGAACAGCCCGAAGCACAAAAUAUCAAGAACAAUAAAUAUUUUGAUUAUUAAAUAUUUAAGAUCAUACAUUCUAGACAAUUUUCUAAUAAUUACGAAUUUAUAAUGAAAGUUAAUAGUUACAUUGUUAUUAUUACAAUUAUUUAAUUAAAUUAAUUUGUUAUUGUUUGUCUAAUGACAUAUUUUUUUGUUUUACUUUGAAGUG